AUGCACGCCUGGCCGCAGAUCACCAGCACGGCAACGUCGACCACCAAGACCGCAACCACCACGGUCACCUCCGUCACCACUACGUCCACCACAUACUGGAACGGCACCGUCCUGUUCAGUGGCUACCUGGACCUCACACCGAUUCUCGCUGGCCGCCGCUUGCAAAUGGGACGCUCGGAGCUGUCUGCGGUGCCGUCUCCCUUGUUCGAGCUUCCGGGCUCCCUGGAUUUGCCUUCUGUGCUGGCCGGUGUCUUUCUUGGACUUCUGCUUGGGCUCGUACCGUCACCCGAGGCACUGCCCUUUACCGGCUCCUUGAAUGCACGCAUCGCCCUCCUCGAGGAGUUUGAGGUUGUUCCUCCUCCGGCUUACUCUGAGGUGCAGGUUUUCCAUCGCCUCGGCGACCUUCGUGCAUCCGUUUUCUCUCGGGGAAACCCAGGCUGGUUGCAUCGUUCCAGCUUCUUUGAUUGGGGCCGAUUGCCGCUGAAGCCGCCGGACCUCCUGACACGGAGGAGCCGGAAGAAGGAGAGCCCUUGCCCCGAAGGAGCAGAGUUCUCUGUCGCUGCCAUCCCGGUUACAGUCAUAGAGGAGCGAUGUCUUGUUGCCGUGCCCCACUCCACUUGGAACAAGGCCACUGCCCGCCGAAAGCUGCCUCGACAAGGUCUGACGCGAGCUGUCAAUUUGGAAGUCGCUGCGCAAGGCGACCCACCCAGCUCAUCACAUGCCGCGUUGAGGGUCAAGGUCUGGCUUGGCUUCCUGGACAAAGAUUUGGAAGACAGCUGGUCUGCCGGAGGUGGAGGGGAAGCACAGUAUCCUUUUCGAGUGGCGGGCAGCCAGACCGUGGCGGCCGUGCCGUUCUUUCCGGGCCUCUCUCAGGCGGCUCAAGAGCAGUUCGGCUACGAAACCGGACUGUCCGGAGCAGCGCCCGAAGGCGAGGAGGAAGCAGAUGGGUUAGAGGAUCGCGUGGGAGCCAUCGAGAAGGCCCUCGGAGCAGUUCAGAAAGGUUUGGAUCGUUUGUUGCAGCUGCGGUCCGCUGCUCCAAAGGCCUCGGAUGCUGCUGCAGCCACUCCCAAGCCCUCUGCAGUGCAAGCUCCUUUGGCCGCUCCCGUUCCGCCUGGGCUGGAUCCCGCCACGGUGGCCGAAGCGAGGCGCGCUGGAAUUCCAGAAGCACAGUUGCGGCUCCUAUCCGAGUUGGCGAGCAAGCCGAACAAGAUGGCAGAUGGCCGCGGAGCUCGCGUCGGGGCUCGCAAAUCCGGGCCACUUUCGGAAUCGGAGGAGGACGCUCCGGCCGGGGGCGGUACAGAUUUGCUGUUAGAGAACACCAGCGCGCUGCCACCGGUCGAGAAAGCGGUGGUGGAGAUGUCGGCCGUUCUGCGGAAGUUGGCAACACGGGAGGAGAAAGGCCGCUUGGACUUGGAGGAUUUGCUGGACCGAGCGGACGGAGUAAGCUUCGGAAGCGGAGACGGCUCUGGAUCGCUGGGCACCUCCCGCUCCAAGACUGCGGCUUACAUGCGUUUGUGCCGAAUGCUGAAGGAGGAGCCGGAACGCAUCGUGGAGUCCAUCACCCGACUGGUGGAAGAGGAUUUCACAGGGCUGAGGGCCGGUCCCGGGGCGUCGCAACAGACAGCUACGAUGCGUGGGUGGUUGGAACACCGCUCACAUAUCCCCGGACUGGCGGGACCGGUCCGUUGGGCGUGGGCUGUUGGAGGCAUCGCAGACUGUCUGGCUGCAAACCGGCACGCCGAAGCACACGCACGGAGCCUCCUUCUACUUGCGGCAGCGGACCAGGCUGCAGUGGACUCUGGAAGCUGGCUUCUGGGGGCAGAGUUCCUUCUGGAAAGCGCAGCGCCGAUCCAGGCAUUCUCUCGUCACCGUGGACCCGAACUCCACGAACAGCAGCACACGAGGAUUUUAGAUCAGAGGUGGAUCCAUGUAGCGAUGUCCCGCGUGAGGGAAAGGGAAAGUUUUGUGGAAGUGAGGAAGAAGCUUGGAGGAGGUGCUUCCGGACGACCGGCCGCACCCGCGGGAUCUGGAUCGGGCGACACGCCCGAGAAAGACGAGAAGGCGGGAAAAGGUGCUCGGAAGGGGCAAAAGGGGGAUCAGAAAGGAGCCCUCUUCGUUGCCCAGACUCUUUGCUUCUUCGGCGCCAGUCAACAGUUGCUUUUUGCGAGUCGAACGGCUCUCAUGCACCAAGGGCCCUUGGGUCGCGUGUGGCCUAUGCCCGUGCCCUUCGCCUCGUUGCACCGCCCGGGAGCAAACCGGAAGCAAAAAUGUGCAGCACGCAAGCUCGGCCUUAACGCCCUGGUGCUUGCUUUGAGUUGGCUCUCCUUGGGCUGCCCCAGCACCGCCCCUCCCUUUCUGGGCCUGGGUGCUGAGCUUAGUCGAGAGCAGUGGGCGGUUGUUCGACGUCUGUCAGCUAACGUGUCGGCUUGGAAUGCCAGUGAUCCUGUCGACUGGGCUGCUAUGGGACGGUCAGCCGCCCGCGUGGAGUCUACCGAAGAUAGUCUCCGAGCUUUGUCCUCUCAACCUGGUCUAGCCUCCGAGUUUUCAGGAGCCGAGUCCGCUGGGGCGCUGGCUUCGUCAGCUUUGGACAUAGAUCCUUCUCGGAUUGCUUUCACCGGGAGCCCUACCUUUGACCCUCGGCCGUUCCUAGGACCGGGGAAUCGGCUCCGAUAUGAAAAGCCGUUGAGCUGGGCCGCUUCUGCGUCCCCGCUGAAGCCUGUGCCUCGCGUGCGGGUUCACUGUCAGGCCCACCGAGUUCGUGAAUUCCUUGAACUUCUGGACUCAGGCGGCAGGUUGGAGCUGCUGCCCCUCCGGGAAGUCGACUUCUCUCGAGCUUGCGGUGUGUUUGCGGUGUGCAAAGACGCCAGUCGAGAUAGGCUCGUGUUGGACGCUCGGCCGGCCAACGCCUAUGAAGACCCCUCGAAUCCCUGGGUUCGUAGUCUGGCUUCGGUUGAACAGCUGAGGUUCGCAUAUCUGGAGGAUGAUGAAGACGUCCUGGUCCACUCGGAGGAUAUCCGGGAUUUUUAUCAUGUGUUUCAGGUGGGAGGCGAACGUUGUCGGAGGAAUGCUUUACGGCUCCGCCUCAAGCCGCAAUCAUGUCGUGGACUUGGAGCUUUCCGCUCUGAACUUGAGCAUGAAGAGUGGCUGGUCCCGGCUCUCCGUACUGUCGCUAUGGGUGAUACGGCCGCAGUGGGCUUAGCCCAGUGUGCCCACUUGGGCGUCAUCCUGUCCACCGAGUCUGUCGAUUUGGGGUCCUUCGUUACCCUUGAAGGGAGGCCUCCUCGAUGCGGGCCGAUUUGCGGCUUGAUGAUAGAUGACUUCGUGGUGCUCGACCGGGUCCGCCGACAGUGCCCGGUCCCCCAAGGCCCGAGGAUCAUUAGUGCGGUGCGGACGGCCUAUUCAAAGGUCGGUCUCCCUCGGCAUGAAAAGAAGGCGGUGGAAGGCGAGCCUCUAGCAGAAUUCUGGGGUUGUGUGCUUGACGGCAAGACCGGGAUAGUCCGGCCGAACUACAAGCGUGCCGUCCCUUUAGGGUUCUUAGUGCUUAGGCUUGUGGUUAUAGGCCGUGUCACUUCGGAGCUCCUUGACUCCUUAGUUGGGGGAUUAGUCUCCUGUUUCCAGUAUCGGCGACGCUGUUUGUCGCUGCUGCAGCAGGUCUAUUCGGAUCCUCGGCCGCGUGACCGCAGCGCCCACUUCAAACUGUCAAAGGGCAUGAUCGGGGAACUGUUGGCCUCGGUUGCUCUGCUUCCGCAGUGCGACAUCGACCUUCGGGCGAAAGCUGUUCCCUUCGUCCUUGCAACCGAUGCGUCGAAUGAGGCUGAAGCGGGAGCCAUCUGCCCUGUGCCUCUGACAGCGGACCCCGGGAAUGAGCUGCCAGGCGAAGGAGACUGCUACUCAUCGCACCCUCUCUGGGAGGAGCUUGCGACCUCGCAGCCUUUCUUUGACUUCGGACGGAUCGUCUACGUCCGUGUCCCUCGCCACAUCAACAUAGGGGAAAUGCGAGCCGCUCUCCGGGCAGAGGAGCGGCUAUCCAGGAAGCAUCAAGAUGUGAGGUUUACGUUGCUUCAAGAUUCUCAGGUGUCGCUGGCCGCUAUGAGCAAAGGGCGUAGCUCUUCGGGAGCCUUGAAUCGUGAAUUGAGACGCUCUUUGGGCACUUACCUCGGGGCUGGGCUGCGACCUGGCUACGCUUACCUGCAAUCCAAGCUUAACCCUCCAGACGACCGAACUCGAAACACGCCUCUCCGCCAACCCUCUCGAGAAGCUUCUCAGUGGUUUCGAGAGUUCCUCGAUGGAGACUUGGAAGCCCUGGAUCGUUUUCUUUCAAGCGUGCACUUGGCUGACAGGCAGGUUCAAGGUUUGCCCGAUCCCGCAGAGAUCAAAUUGCCUCCUGCCACUGUUGGGGUGGACUUUACUGAACCGCCGGCGCAGCCUGUGAAUUGUUCAGGGUUGACGCCAUGGACCUGGUGCUGUGACCGCGCCUCUGACCUGGAAGCUGUUCUGCAGAGCUCUAAGCGACGGGAGGUUCUGGAAAGGAUUGUCUCGUCUGGUUGCCUGCAGGGCAUGUACUUGAGGCCUGCUGCGGGAACUUUUUCCACUGCAGUCCGCCCUCCUCUUCGAAGUCGGGAGUUCCCUCUGGGUGUUCCCGAGUGCUCGUUGGACCAGCGGGCCCGACUGGAACGAGGCAACGACGAGCUUGCGUGGGUGCAGACUUUGUGCAAGCUCGCCAACGCUGCGGGGAUCUUCGUCAUCGUGGAUCAUCCGGCGAACAGUUUGCUAUGGAAGCAUCCAGGCUGGCACGAGUGUCAACGAGCUUCUGGAUGGGCCGAUAGCGUCGUCGACCUUUGUCGGUUCGGGGCUCCUUUUCGCAAGGCUACGAAACUUCGAGUCCGGAGCCUAUUCGGCAGCCAGAGCCUGAGAUGCAACUGUAGCAGACCGCACUUGCAACUUCGAGGGCGGAACGCUGAGACUGGAAGUAGCUGGAGCUGGAACGGAGCCGAGCGGCCUAAGCUUUUCUGGAGCUUUUUGGCUGGCCACGUGGCCGAUCGACUGCGAGCUCAAGGCGAUCGUGGUCGACUUGACGUCGCCGGGUGCGCUCACGUCGGCUCCCUUCGAGUAGGCGAGGCUGGAAAUCCGGGGCCGAGGGUUCGACGCUCGAGACCCCAGCUGAGUUUGGCUGGAGUUUCGCUUGUCGAGCCCGCUACUGCGGCGUUGAGGAACAAGUACUGGGAGGCUUUUGGUUUGUGGGUAGACAGUGCAGCUGGAGAAGGAGCUUUCGAGCUUGUAGUGCUAGCUCCCCAACUGAUGAUUAAGCUGUUGGUGGCGUUCGCGCAACACCUUUACGAUGCUGGCACGCCGUUACACUACUACCGGCAGCUGGUCGCUCAUGCGCAGCGUGAAGUUCCCAGUUGCAGAUUCUGGGCCCGUGAGGCUUGGGACUACGUGACUCGCUGGGAGACUUUGGAGCCUUUGCAGCACAGGCCUCCAAUGCCGGAGCCGGUCCUUCACGCCAUGUGUUCCUUAGCCGCGGUUUGGGGAUGGCGACGUUGGGCCGCCAUCACGCUGGUUGCUUUUUACGCUAUCUGCCGACCGGGAGAGCCUCUUCGAGCGGUUAGAAAGGAUUUGGUGACCUCUGAGGAUCUGCUCGAGGCAGGUCGGGAAGUUUUUCUGAGGAUACCGGAGCCAAAAACAAGGAGGCGAGGAGCUGCUGUUCAACACGCGCAGGUCAAAGGCCCGGAGUUUGUGAUGCAGUUCAUCGGUGACGUCUUUCAAGGGCUACUUCCGAACGAGCCGUUGUACAAUGGGUCACCUGGAAUGUAUCGUCGUCGCUGGGAUGCGCUGCUGCGCUCACUCUGGAUCGAGCCCAAGCACAAACUGACGCCAGGCUCUCUCCGCGGCGGUGGUGCCGUGAGAGCCUAUCGGAUAGGCGAGCCGCUGAAUGAAGUUCAGUGGCGGAUGCGCUUGCGUCACCAAGUGACAUUGGGAUAUUACCUGCAAGAAGUGGCCGCCCUCUCCAUUCUGCCUGCUUUGAGUGACCCGGCUCGCACACGGGUCCGCAGCUCUGCUGCUCUUCUGCCAUUUGUGCUGGCUCGCGGAUGCCUCGCGCACGCGCUCGCAGAGUUGCUGGACGUAUCGGAAGCCGAUGUGGAGAUCAACCUGACUCUCGGGAUCAGCAACGCGACGCAGGAGGAGGUGGUGCGACCGUUCUACAACGCCUAUCGCCCCUUCUACACCUCAGAGGAAGCAGCGGAGUUCGCGAACAACUUAUCCGCCUACUUGGACAGCAAGCCUCACGCAGAGGUCGUCUCUGUGUUCAACUCCAAGCUCGACCUUGUCGAUGCGGCCUAUCGAGUUGGCGAGCUGCAGCAGAUGUUGGUCUCGUUCGACCAAGGUUCAGCCUUCGUGGUGGAGGUCAGGAUAGUGCCACCGGAGCCCGUGGUCGAGCCAGAGGAGGAGGACAACAACGUCCAAUGGUUGAUUGGCGCCUUGAUCGCUGUCGUCGUGUGCGCCUGCCUUCUGUGCUUCCUGUAUUGGAUCUGGAACAAGGAUCGCGAGGAGACGGAGAAGCGCUACGCGGAGCCAUCGCCCGCGGCGCCCGCGGUCGAGCAGCCGAAGGAUCGCCGACUGAAGAUCCUUCACCGGGCUUCAGAUGGUUUCGGCAGCCGAAGGAAGAUUGACGCGUGA